AUGUGGCAAAAUUUAUUUCUGCUUUUAAUACUAUGCCCAGAGAGUAUCUGCGAUCCAUCGCCAGCGUGUGACCUGGAGAUCGUACCGGCGUACGAGGAUUACGAAUAUGUUCAGGAUGGAGACAUCAUCAUCGGAGGAGUCUUCACCGUCCACUGCCUCAUGGCCGGGUACACGAUCCCUGAGAAGCCCAAUGUCCAUGCCAUGUUCUGUCUAAAAAAAGCCAUAAAAAGUGUCUUACAGAUUUUAUCCGGACCGGGAAAAACUAUCCCAAACUAUUCUUGCAGAGACCACCAGAAAUUAGCAGGUUUUAUUGGAGACGAGACUUCAACCACAACCCUGCCUAUGGCCCAGAUAUUAUCUGUAUAUAACCACGUGCAAGUCACUUUUGGGUCAAUUGGUGAUCGGCUCGAAAGAGCUUUUUUUCCCUCUCUUUACAGUACAGUUAAUGACUACUUUAUGAUUUAUCGUUAUAUAUCAGAACUUAUCAGAUUUUUUGGAUGGACUUGGGUUGGAAUAAUAACAUCUGCAGAUGAAAGUGGAGAGAGAGCAUCGUUUCUGUUAUUAAGAAUUUUGUCAGAAUUUAAAAUCUGUGUGGCCUUUAUAGCAAAUCAUGGUAUCAGUGUAUCAAAGCCUGAAAGUCGUGCUUUGGAAAGUGUGUAUAACGCCAUUAAAAAAUCAGCGGUAAAAGUGGUCAUACUCUGUGGAACAUAUCAUGAUUUAAUAUUUGAAUCCUCACUGAGAAGAUUAUUCAGGGACAUAACAUUGAUCCUCACUCCCAAUUGGGCCUCAAGUAUUGUUCUUAUAGAAAACUAUCCGGAGAUGUUGAAUUGUAGCUUAUCCUUAAACUUUAGGUCCGAAGCCGAUAAGAAUUUCAAGAAUUUUGUUGAUGGUUUCCAUCCAAUGAUCCGCCCAAAAGACAAGUUACUUGAAAAUCUGUGGAUGACGACACUUUUCUGCUCGUCAGGAAACAAGAAAAAAGAUACUUUGUAUGAAGACAUUUAUCGUAUUUCUCUUCACAAUUGUACGGGUCAGGAACAUUUACCGAACCCCGGAGAUUAUUCAUCUAACUGCACUACAGAUCCCGUGUAUUACGCGGUGGAAUUCUUGGAAAAAAGUCUGCGUCUUCUGUACUCAUCCCAGAAUUAUUCUUCUCUUAAAGGUCAGGCAGACGAUAAGGAAAAAUACAGACACAAGGUGAGCGCAAAUGUGGCCAAAAAUAGGAGAGGCCUUUAUUAG